GCCAUCAGCAUUAUUAAAUACAUUUUGACAAGGCUAAACUAAUUCUCCAGAUUUUUUUUAACUUCCUGUCGAAACGGAAAUGUUUGAGUCGUCAUCUCCUGGCUGUGUUAGCAAUAGCUGCUAGCCUUAGCCGCUAGCGAUGUUGUACGACUGCUCUUGUUUCUUUUGUUGCAGAAGUCAUGUCCGGAACAGGGGGAGGGAAGCGAGCCUCCGGCGGGGACAGUCCACCUGGUCCACCUGAGAAGAAAAGCAAAAAGGAGGAGAAGACCACCACAACACUUAUCGAACCCAUUCGCAUAGGGGGAGUAUCGUCAACGGAGGAGAUGGACAUGAAGGUGAUCCAGUUUAAGAACAAGAAGCUGACGGAGCGCCUGGAGCAGAGGCAGACCAUGGAGGACGAGCUGAGGGAGAAGAUCGAGAAGCUGGAGAAGAGACAGGCCACCGACGACACCACGCUGCUCAUCGUCAACCGCUACUGGUCUGAGUUGGAAGAGAACGUUCACAUCUUGCGCCAGCGUCUUGAACCGGAGCCCCCUCCUCCCGCCCCGCCACCUGCCCCCGCCACUCCCUCGGCUCCGAUGCCUCCACCCACCCCUAUGGAAGAGGACGGUCUGAUCCCUCCACCCCCCAUCCCAGAUCUGCCUCCCCCCCCACUCCCUGAGCCGGAGAAUGAGGAGGAGCACCUCCUCCAGCAACCCCAGCCCCCGCCCCCCGACGGGGUUGAGGAAAGUCCCACAGAGCCAUCCCAGGACUCGGCAAAAGAAGGCCCCCCUCCCCCUCCGCCCCUCAGCGACAGUGCCAAGGCCUUCCUGGCCGUGCUGGACCACAGCGGCGAGGAGGAGCUCAGCCUGCAGCUCCAGGACAGGAUGCAGUUCAGCAAGGACGCCGUGGCCUGCAUGGUGUGCACCUUCGACAGGCUCCACAGCCGCAUAGACCUCCUGUGUUCCCAGGUCCAGUCUGCAGUGUCUGAGAAUGAUAGCCAGUCAGAGAUCAUCAGUGUGACCUGUACACUGCUGGAAGAAAAUGGCAAACUGCAGGACCAGGCGUCCUCUCUGCAGGGCAGGAACCACAAGAUGUCCAUGGAGUACAACGAGCUGGUGGACAAGGUGACAAGCUCUGAGACCAAGGUGUCUGAGAUGGAGACCGCCGUGGAGGACUUGCAGUGGGACAUCGAGAAGCUCCGCAAGAGGGAACAGAAGCUCAACAAGCACCUGGCCGAGGCCCUGGAGCAGUUGAACUCUGGGUACUAUGCCACAGGCAGCUCUGGAGGACUUCCUGGAGGUCAGAUCACCCUGAACAUACAGAAGUUUGAGAGCCUGAAUGCAGAGCUGGAGCAGAACCAGGAGCUGGCUAACAGCCGCAUGGCCGACCUGGAGAAGCUACAGCUGGAACUGCAGGAGGCGGUGAGGGAGAGCGAGAAACUGAAGAUCGACCUGCGGAACAUUCCGGAGGAGGUGGUGAAGGAGACUCCGGAGUACAAGUGCCUCCAGUCCCAGUUCUCUUUGCUGUACAACGAGUCUCUGGGGGUGAAGACUCAGCUGGACGAGGCCCGGGCUCUGCUCCUGACCGCCAAGAACGCCCACCUCCGCCAGAUAGAGCACAUGGAGAGCGACGAGCUGUCGCUGCAGAAGAAGCUGCGCACGGAGGUGAUCCAGCUGGAGGACACGCUGGCCCAGGUCAGGAAGGAGUACGAGAUGCUGCGCAUCGAGUUCGAGCAGAACCUGGCGGCCAACGAGCAAGCAGGUCCCAUCAACAGAGAGAUGAGACACCUCAUCAGCAGCCUGCAGAAUCACAACCACCAGCUGAAGGGAGACGUGCAGAGGUACAAGCGGAAGCUGAGGGAGACGCAGAUGGAGAUCAACAAGCUGCGGUGCCAGAGUGGAGAGACUGGAGUACUGCUUCUGGAGGAGACGUCUAACGAAGGAGGCCUGGACGUGAAGAAGGAGGAGGACGAAGACCAGGAGGAGGAGGAGGAGAGGAGGAAGGAGCUGGACAGGCAGCGGGCCAGGGAGAGAGAGCGGGAGGCCGAACGAGAGCGAGAGAGGGAGCGAGAGAGGGAGAGACAGCGCAGUGAAGAGCUGAAGAGGAAAGACUCUGACACACUGAAGAUGCUGAGGGCCGAACUCAAGAAGGCCCAGGAGUCCCAGAAGGAGAUGAAGCUGCUCCUGGACAUGUACAAGUCUGCCCCCAAGGAGCAGAGAGACAAAGUGCAGCUCAUGGCCGCCGAGCGCAAGUCUAAAGCCGAGGUGGACGAGCUGAGGGUGCGGGUCAGGGAGCUGGAGGAGAGGGAGAGGAAGGAGAGCAAGAAGCUGGCUGACGAAGAUGCGCUGCGUAAGAUCCGGGUGGCAGAGGAGACCAUAGACCACCUGCAGAAGAAGCUGACUGCCACCAAACAGGAGGAGGAGGCGCUGCUGAGUGAGAUGGACGUGACGGGCCAGGCCUUCGAGGACAUGCAGGAGCAGAACAGCCGCCUGAUGCAGCAGCUGCGGGAGAAGGACGACGCCAACUUCAAGCUGAUGAGCGAGAGGAUCAAGUCCAACCAGAUCUACAAGCUGCUGCGGGAGGAGAAGGAGGAGCUGGCCGACCAGGUGCUGACCUUCAAGACCCAGGUUGAUGCCCAGCUGUUGGUGGUCCAGAAGCUGGAGGAGAAGGAGGGCAUCCUCCAGAGCUCUCUGGCUUCUCUGGAGAAGGAGCUGGCCCUCCGAACCCAAGCUCUCGAACUGAACAAGAGAAAGGCGGUCGAGGCAGCCCAGCUAGCAGAGGACCUGAAGGUGCAACUGGAGCACACACAGGCCAAGCUGAAAGAGAUCCAGGUGUCUGUGGCAGAGAACCGCACAGCCCGCGAGAGGGAAAGCGGCAACCUCAAGAGAGCUCAGGAGGAUCUGUCCAGGCUGAGACGGAAGCUGGAGAAACAGAAGAAGGUGGAGGUGUACACGGAUGCUGACGAGAUCCUGCAAGAAGAGAUCAACCAGUACAAGGCCAAGCUCCGGUGCCCGUGCUGCAACACGCGAGACAAGGAGACCGUCCUCACCAAGUGCUUCCACGUGUUCUGCUACGAGUGCCUGAAGACGCGCUACGACACCCGGCAGAGGAAGUGCCCCAAGUGCAACACGGCCUUCGGCGCCAACGACUUCCACCGCAUCUACAUCACCUAACUUUGUCCUGGCACCCCGCCACGAGGACAAGUGGGAAGGGGACAGAACCAGGGGAGGGGAAGCAGAACUGAAACGAACUAAAGGGUGGAUAAAGAGGAUGUGGUCGUAGGGGUGGGUGACGGAUCUCGGAAAGCUUUGGUUUUCUGGUUUUAUUCUCUCAAGUUGGGUCGGGGGGGGAAGGGGUACUUGUUUUACCGCAUCAUUGACAGUUGGUGCUAGUGACCAAACGGACGAGCCGUGUUGUGACUGAGUGAGACUGAUGUGCUGUAGUAAUAAACAGAAACGCUUGUUCUUUCGCAAAUAUUUGUAUAUUCCGAUGCCCUGUUCUAGUUUCCGGUGCGUGUCUGUUUCAGAUCUUGCUAAUGUUUCAUUCUUAACUUUUAACUGAGCCUGUUGAAAAAAGAAAAGUCGUUUUUAAUCUUG